AUGAAAAAGUUCACCUUGGACUGGGACAUCGACCACGUCACAUCAGCACCUCAUCACCAACAGGCUAAUGGUAAAGCUGAGGCAGCUGUGAAGAUUGCAAAGCGCUUACUCAAAAAAGCGGAAGAAACAGGAACGGACUUCUGGUACGCGCUUUUGCAUUGGAGGAACAUUCCUAAUAAAAUUGGUUCUAGCCCCGUUGCUCGAUUGUUUUCUCGUGCCACUCGGAGCGGAGUUCCAACAGCGGGUGUCAAUCUAAUGCCAAAGGUGGUGGAGCAAGUUCCAGCAGCAAUCGAGAAUAACAGAAGAAACGCGAAAUUUAACUACGACCGCAAAACAAGAAACUUACCGGAAUUGCAGACUGGAUCUCCGGUAUACGUUCAGCUCAAUCCAGAGACCUCCAAACAGUGGACUCCCGGAACCAUCACAAACCGUCUAAGCGAAAGGUCGUACAUGGUGGACGUAGCUGGUGGUAAUUAUCGACGAAGUGCGGUCCAUUUGAAGCCCCGGAAGGAAUGUGCAGACGGAAUCGAAUCCGUUCCGGUAACCGAUGUACUGCCACGGGAGGAGGAAAACAACAUUUGCAAUAACACCGAUGACAGUUCGUUUAUGACAACAUUGGGUUCUCAACGAGUUCUCAAUCAACAGGAACAGCAGGCGUCGUUCCCACCACCAGUGGUGCCAGUUUCACCUUCACCGAUUGAAGCGCCAUCAAUACGUCAAUCUCCGAAAACUGUGGGAGCAACAUCAAGCGGAGGUCGUCCCAAGAGAAUUACCCGGAUUCCAGAAAAGCUGAAGGACUAUGUUGUUGAAUUUGAUUAG